AUGGUGCAGAAUACGAAUUCACCCUUCACAUCUAAGGUCAUGGGACUGCCACUCCCCAGGAAGUUCAAAAUGCCUCAGCUAGAGACAUUCAAUGGUUCCACGGACCCAUUGGAUCAUCUAGAAACAUACAAAUCCCUAAUGCACCUACAAGCAGUACCAGAUGAGGUAAUGUGUCGUGCAUUCCCUGUCACCCUCAAAGGAAGUGCUCGGGCAUGGUUUAACAACCUCCCCCCAGGAAGCAUACAUAGUUUUAAAGAGCUUAGCACUAGCUUUGUGAGCUACUUUAUUGCUGGCCAACGCUACGGCAACCCAGCAAUGCACCUCUUGACAGUAAAACAGGGAAGGUGGGAGUCGCUAAGGGAGUAUACUACCAGGUUUAACAAAGAGGUGGUUCAGAUAGAGGAAGCUGAUGACAGCGUGAGCAUAACUGCGUAUAUUGCUGGACUGUAUUCAGGACAGUUUUUAUAUCUUCUAUCUCAAGAACCACCCAAGACCCUGGCAAAACUAAUGCUUGGGGCACAGAAACACAUGAACGCAGAGGAAGCCAUCUACGCAAGGCGUUCCCAUGACAGUUUUGAUCCCCAUGCAGGGCCAUCACAGGUUGGCGAAUUUCCCCCAUCCGAUUGGAAAAGAAGGGAAUCCACCCGCAAGACGGGAGGGGAGCCAAAAAAUAAGAAGAUGGACUCCAGAUCCUCCCCAAAACGAGGAGGAGGACCGCCCCAAGGCAAAUACAAGCAGUUUACACCACUCAUAGCCACGACAGAACAAAUCCUCAGCAACUUACAAAAUGAUCCGAACCUCAAAUGGCCUGGAAAGCUAAGGACUGAUCCUAACAAGAGAGCUAAAGACAAAUACUGCAGGUUCCACAGAGACCAUGGUCACAACACGGAUGACUGCAUUGACUUAAAACAGCAGAUUGAGGAACUGAUCCAAAGAGGCAGACUUCAACGUUUCGUAACGAAGAAGUAUCAGAAGAUAUCCAUGAGGGAUGAUACAAGCAAGGAAAGAAAAGAUGCCACGGCUCCCCGAUCAGGUCCUAUUGGAGAGAUCAAAGUCAUCCAUGGAGGGCUUGCCGGAGAUGGAGAAUCUGGCAAUGCCAGGAAAGCUCACCUCAGGAAACUGAGAACGGAGGAAUACUUGGAGGUCAACACUGUUAGCCGCCCAAGCAAAAUCCAAAAGAAAGAGGAAAUACCCAUCAUUUUCUUAGAAGAAGACAUCAAGGGAACUCAAGUUCCUCAUGAUGACCCCCUGGUUAUAACCAUUGUGGUGGCCAACUACCUCACAAGAAGAGUAUUAAUAGACAGCGGAAGCUCGGCCGAUAUUCUCUACCUCCAUGCAUAUGAUCAACUAAAAGUUGGACGAGAAAGACUAAGACCUUUGAUAUCGCCACUGGUUGGAUUUGCAGGUACGCCCGUCUAUCCAGCUGGUCAAAUAGCCCUACCAGUUACGAUGGGGGACGAAGGAAGUCAGAUUACGCGAAUGAUAGAUUUCAUAGUAGUCGAUUGUCCUUCAGCAUAUAACGCGAUACUGGGGAGGACGACCCUAAAUAAAAUUGGGGCAAUAAUCUCCAUGUUUCAUCUGAUGAUGAAAUUCCCAACGCCGGAAGGAAUUGGUUGCAUCAAGGGAGAUCAGAAGGCAGCCCGAGAAUGUUACGUCUCCUCACUUAAAGGGGCAAACAUAAUGAUGAGCAUAGAAAGCCUUGACACACAGGACGAAGAAAAACUCCAGCAUGGAGAACCAGUGGAAGAGCUCCUAGAAGAACUUUUGGAGCCGGGUCUACAAGGGAGGACUGUGAGGAUUGGAUCGAGCACAGAGGCAAAGGCAGAACUGUUACAAUUCCUAAGGGAUAACAAAGACGUCUUUGCAUGGUCCCAUGAGGAUAUCCCAGGAAUUGACCCAAGGGUCAUAUCUCGCAAAUUAAACGUGGACCCCACAAUGCGACCUGUUAAGCAAAAGAAAAGGACUUUUGCUUCAGAAAGGAACAAAGCUGCAGCCAAGGAGCUAAACUAG